UUUUGUCUUUGGCAGGAAUCCAAAUUCAAAGAAACUGGCGUUGUAACUCCUGAAGAGUUUGUUGCAGCUGGAGAUCAUUUGGUCCACCACUGUCCAACAUGGCAGUGGUCAUCUGGAGACGAGGCUAAACAUAAACCUUAUCUGCCAAAAGACAAGCAGUUCCUCAUCACAAGAAAUGUUCCCUGCUACAAACGUGUUAAACAGGUUGAUAAUCAUUCGGAAGAGACAGAAAAGAUUCUUGAUGAAGAUGAUGAUGAUGGUGGAUGGGUGGACACCCAUCAUUAUGCAGAUUCCACAGUAUCAUCGGCAGCAGAAGCCAUUGCUGAUAUGAGGUUAGAUUCACAGGUAUCUUCAAAACUUGGUCCGCCAAAUACCAGUGGCGUGGACGACGAUGACGACGACGAUGAUGAAGAAGCUGAAGAUAUGGAAGCGUUUGAACAGAGUGGAAUGUUGGAAGAACAAGAUAAUGCAACAAUUGAGAUUCGACCAACUGUUCCUGGUAGUGAAGGAACUUUAUCGGGCGAGAAUGGAGUUUUACAAACUCGUACAUAUGAUCUUAACAUUACUUAUGACAAAUAUUAUCAAACUCCACGGCUCUGGCUCUACGGCUACGAUGAGAAUAGAAAACCUUUGACCGUGGAACAAAUGUAUGAAGAUUUUAGUCAAGAUCACGCCAAAAAGACUGUUACUAUGGAAACGCAUCCUCAUUUACCAGGACCGCCAAUGGCUUCAGUUCAUCCUUGUAGACAUGCGGAAGUGAUGAAAAAGAUAAUCGAGACAGUAGCAGAAGGCGGCGGUGACCUCAGCGUUCACAUGUAUCUAUUAAUCUUUCUAAAAUUUGUCCAGGCAGUAAUUCCCACCAUCGAGUACGACUACACACAACACUUCACAAUGUGAUUCAAUCGAGAACAUCAGUAUUAGCUGUUUAAAACAGACUCAGCUCUUCUUUAUGUUUUAAUUUCCCUUGCAGCUGCUCGACCAACCAACAGAUUGGACUUUGAAGUCAGCAGCAGCUGCCAGCAAUUUUGGGUACUGCUGCUGCUGCUGCUACCAUGCCCCGUAGUGACCAACAAGACUCUAGGGACCACUCAGCUUGUGCUCUCAAACCCUUUUUUUUUUUUUUUUUUUU